GUGCCAAGGCCACGGAGACCUCACUGCGUCACACAGGUCCUUUUCACAGCAAACUCUUAUGCAUAAAGAUGGAAGCUGUCAGGUGUGACAUCAUCACUCUAUCUGCUAAAUGCUGAGGCCUAUUUUGAGGUUUGUUCACGUACAGAUUUGUUUUGGUAAAACAGAGGAUGCAACUUUUGUUCUUCCUACUAAAAAGCAUACAGCAAUGUUUCUGUACUUUAGUCCAGAGAGUGUUAGAUGAUUGGCAGUAAUCAGUGUUGAUGUUGGGUUGAAGUUUGUCACCAAACAAACUCAAACUCAGAAAAAGGAGUGACGAUGACACCAAACACUUGGCAGCUAUCUUUAAUGCAUCUGGCCCAUCCUCUGCAUGGGAACGUGUCUAUCAGAAGCCUUGCUUUUCUCAAAUCAGAGGUUGUGUGUUAGUUUUGUUUUUUGAUAAAAAAAGAAGGUACUGUGAUUUUUGAUUUAUUUCUGAAGUAUUUCUGUUAAGUUAUUAAGACCUGAAGUAUUUUCAACACAUGAUGGCAGGUACUUACAAUCCAUUAUCAGAUAUUUAAAAGUUAAAUGCCAAAUGUUUGUACAACAAAAGUAGCAAACAAACAUGUAAAGCUUUUAUUCAAAUAGAAAUAUAUUGGUGCUACCCAAAUCCCUGAAAAACUGUAAACUUGCUUUGUGGCUUUAUGCUCUGAUAUUGAACUGUGUAGCCUGCUUUGCUGGGAAUGCUGUGUCAUUUUGCAGAUAUGAACUUUUAGCCGUGAUUUCCUAUUUAAGAAGGAAAAACUUGGUGUAAUUUGCUCACUUCUUCAUGAGUGUGUGCCUCGGCCUGCUUGUCAUAGGUGGACCUGCAUGAUGACACGUGUGCAUGUGGUCACGAAUCCCCUGUGGCUAUGUUGGUGCAUUUGUGUAUGAACAAGCAAAUGAGCGAUGUGUUUGUGAACUCCUCAUCGUGCAUGCCCUCAGGAUGGCCAGCAGCAACACAGACUGCCAGUCAGAGGAGGAGCAGAAGAAGUCAGUGCCAGAAAGGAGGUCCAGUCUCUCUGAUCUGGGCAGAAAAUUCACCUCCCUCAUUCAUCCCCUCAAGACGAAUCAGGAUGAGCUUUUUGUAAUGCUUCCAAGCCCUUCAUCCACCCCAACGUCGACAGAACCAGGCGUGGCCCCGUCUCUGUCCCAGAGCCUGAGCAGUUCCCGGGCGGCGGCUGCAGCCGUAGCCAGAGGAAGCAGGGGUCUCUGGCUAUGGCUGGCCAUCGUGGUGGUGCUGGCAGGCCUCCUGGCACUGCUGGCCAGCCUGGUGAUGCAGCCAGCGGUGGAUGCCGCCCCCGUGGGGACAGGGGACUCGUGGAUGGCCAUCCAGCAGCUGUUGUGGCCCUACACAGGGCUUCGACACAACGGACAACCCCCCGUCUAGCCCGAGUCCAGUGGGAAUAGUGCUACUGUAUAUAACCCUUGUACAAGAGUGUGACUGGGGAAAAAGGACUAAACACAACUCUGGAGGAAAGGAUGUUGGGAUGUUUACCGGUGCCUGAAGAUUCCUAAAUCACUGCAUUGAAGGCACAGGCCAGUCCUCAAGGGGAUAGUUAACCCUGUGGAGGAUUUAAUGCAUCACUUCCUGUUUGCUGAAGUAGAUAGUCUGUGUGUGCAUGCAUGUGUCUGUGUUUACAAGGCAAAGCCGUUGGACAGGCGGUGAUGGACGGUGUCUUUAGCAGUGAGCCACCUGAUGUCAUUGACACAUUAGAGGGGUUGUCAGUGCUGCUGCUGAUGGUUUGCCCACCACAGUCUGUCACAUCAGGUUUGAUCAGUGAUCAGAGUGGGCACAACACUGACCAAUCAUGUUCCAACGGUGUAAGAGUGAUGGCACAGAUGAGACUUAACGGGGCCUCCAACUGUGCCACAUAUCUUUUUAAAUGCAUUUCAUCUUGUUGAGGAGGCAGUGACCUGCCAGCCUUUUAAUGACAUUUUAUGUUUCAUUUCCUCUUUGGUUGCAGAGGACAUUUUAUAAUGUGUCUAAACACUGGCAAUAAAACUUUGAUUGUUUAUUAAAUCUAUAUUUAUGAGUUUAGAUUUGAGUGGAAAAGUGUGUAUCUGUUCAUUCUUAAGCUUUAUGGAACCAUUUUAAAGUCUGGCUACACCGUAAGUGGUAAGUAUCCAACUUUUGACUGGUGCUAUACUAUCUACUUGUUACAGUUUUAACACCAAAGUUUGUUUUGUUUGUUUGUUUUGUCUUUUUCUCCAAGCUCUGUGAUUGUCAGUUUUCAAUUUCAUACACUUUUGUAUGUUCCAAAGAUGAAGCGUGGAUCUUUGCACAAAUAAAGUAGCCUAUUCUAUA